AGGACGACGCUGAUUCGUUCAGAAGGCUUUUUGGAGAGUCGACAGCCUGUUCUUGUGCUCCUCUCUUUAGCUGCAAUCAUGUCCAUCGCCAACACGGCCGCCCAGGCCAUGCUGUCGGAUGCCUUGCUCCGUGACGGCCCGGUCGACAGCCGCAUUCGGAGCCUCGAGCUGGAGCUGCCCCUCGACAAGGUUAUCAAAUUUGUGUCGGUGGGGCUGCCGCUGCUGCUGGUGUCCAUGGCCUUCGCCAGAGAAAUAACCAUCGGUCCUCAGAUCAGUUGCUUUCCACCGACCAAUUUUACAGCCAAACAAGCGGGCUACGUGGACACGUACUGCUGGGACUCUCUCAUGCACCAUGAGUUUGACGCUGAUGGCAACUUCGAGGAGCGCUCUCUGUGGGUGCACAAAAUGUUCCCGUACUCCCUCCUGGCCAUGGCGAUGCUGAUGUACCUUCCCGCCCUUAUUUGGCGCUUCCUGGUGAUGCCGUGUCUGGGCGCGGACCUGCUCUUCAUCAUAGACGAGCUGGACAUGUCCUACAACCGCUCGGUGCGCAUUGCCCAGAGCAUCCUGGAGCUGCAGCAGAAUGCUCCCUGCCAGAUGGAGUUUCAGGCUGAGCUGGAGAGAGCUCGGCGGAAAAGGUACUUUGAGUACCCCCUGCUGGAGAGAUACAUGCAGUGCAAGCAGCGCUCCUACUUCCUGGUCAGCAUGCUGUUCCUGCGUGGCUUCCUGCUGCUGCUCUUCAUGUCGGCCUCCUGCCUCUACCUGGUCUACUUCCACCUGUCAGCCUUCCUCCAGGACGAGUUCAGCUGCUUUGUGCGGACGGGUCUGCUGCGCGACCAGCCUUGGGUGCCGGAGCUGGUGCAGUGCAAGAUGACGGCCCUGCUGGUCUUCCAAGUCAUCAGUGUGGCCAACGGCGUCAUCUACGUGCUGCUGGCCCCCGUCGUCCUCUUCAGCCUCCUGCGCCUCUUCUGCUGGGACACCACCUUCCUCUCGCUGUACGAGGUGCUGCCGGGCCUGGGCCUCAUCAGCGGCCGCAAGUUGGGCUGCCCGCUCAACGACCUCAACGUGCUGCUCCUUUUCCUGCGCGCCAACGUCACGCAGCUGCGCUCCUACGGCCGGCUGAGGGCCAUGUGCUCGCUGGCACCCCCGCAGAUUCGGGGGGCGGCCGUCAGGGCGCACGGAAAGAUGAGCGCCGAGGAGGCGGAGGAGGCCAUGGAGGCCUUGGAGGAGAUGGAAGAGGAGGCACGGGAGGCCAGAGAAGAAGGAAGACACAACCUGGUGGAUAUCUUGACUCUCCUGGGAAGGGCUCGAGGAAGCGUUACAAACUGCAAGGAUCACAGUCCCCUGGUAGUGGAAAAUUUGAGUCUUGAGCCCUCUAAGCGCCAGGGGUACCAUGAAUUGAAGGAGACUCCAUCAUGUAGUUAUGCCUAAACCUCCCGCCAGUGGACUGAAACAGCAGAGGGGG